AUGGCAGGUGAAGGUAUCCGGCUUUUCGCUUUCGGCAGAGCUCGAGGAGGAGGACGACCACCACCACCACCACCCAGAGAGCUUUUCACUUCCUGAUCGGAGCUCGACACGCGCUCCUGCCCAAGAUCGCUCGCAGAGAUUCAGAGUCGGAGACACACGAAGCGCGGCGAACGGUUAUGGUUCGAAGUAGGUGAGCGCGAGCUUCCUAGGAGCUGCGAAGGUCUUCUCGGGAGGAGGAGGGGAGAGAGGAAGAUGGCGGGACACGGCGGAGCAGAGGAAGAGGGGGGAGUGAACUCGCAUCCGCAGCUACAGCCGCAUAGAGCCUCCGGGUCGGGCGGUAGGAGGAUUCGGGCGAGGCCCGACACUUUCCUAGUCGUUUGCCGGUGCUUCAGCGUCCUGACCUCCCUCUGCGCCGUCCUCUGCAUCGCUGUCAAUGUCCUCUCCGCCAUCCGCUCCUUCAAGAACGGAUACGACGUUUUCGACGGCAUAUUCCGGUGUUACGCGGUGGUGAUAGCGUUUUUCGUAGUGCUCGCCGAAACGGAGUGGGGAUUCAUUUUCAAAUUCUGGAAGGUAUUGGAAUAUUGGGUUGGGAGGGGCAUGCUGCAGAUCUUUGUUGCGGUGAUGACACGAGCUUUCCCAGACUAUACUGAGGAGCAGCAAGAUCUUGUUCUUCUUCAGAAUAUAUCAGCUUAUAUGCUCCUUUCUUGUGGUGUAGUAUAUGUUGUUUCGGGAAUUCUGUGCAUAGGCUUACUGAAACGUUCUCGACGGAAGAAAGAAAUAUCAAGGGAGCAGGCAGCGAAGGACUUGGAGGACCUGGAGCGGCGCAGGGAAGAACUUGAACAAUUGCUUAUUGUGGAAACAGCAGCGUGAAGGCACUUUAAAUUGAGUUACUAGCAGGACAUCUUCUCCUUGGAGUACCAAUCAAAAGACGAAGGAAAAUGAUCUUUGUGGACCAUUCUCAUGAGUGUUGCUUUAUCUUUGUACUUGUCUUGCUGCGGCGAUAGUAUCGUUCUUCUUAAACUUUUGUCCAGUGAUGUUUGGCAGUUGUAUGGCUUCUGUAAAGUAAAUCUUUCUUGAUUCUUU